UCAUUUUUCUUACAAUGGAGAGCAUAAAGAGGAGGUGCUAUUGGUAGCGAUGUUGCCCAGUUCCUGGUUUCCUCUUUCCAGUGUACCGCUUACUUGAUCAGACUUGUUUGCUUUUCAAACGGAGUUGUUUAAGUUUUUGUUCUUCACUAACAGUGUUUUAUUUGUUCGUGAGACAGGAUGUCAGUGACUGUGUCCAAGGCUGAUGGGGUCACAGUACUCACUCUGACCUCUGACCCCCAAAGUCCUUGGCCUCCUCUGUGCCAGAUCUUCAAGAACCUUUGCUACAGUCCAGUGUGCUGCAGUGUGUCUCAGCACCUGAGAAGCCUCAACAGAGCUUCUCAGACAGUGCUGGGGACUCUGCAGAUAAUGAUCGGGCUUCUCAACAUUGGAUUUGGACUUAUACUCUAUAACACUCGGACCUCCCCUGACAUAGACUACUUAGGCUUUCCAUUUUGGUUGGCUGCAUUGUUCAUCAUCUUCGGCAUUGUGUGCAUUUUGUCUGAGAAGUAUCCAAGUCCAUGUUUGGUCAUCCUUACUGUGAUUCUGAAUCUGACUGGAGUUGCUUUUGCCAUCACAGGCAUUGCAAUGUACGGCAUUUCUUUAGUAGAAAUUGGUUAUUGGAGGAACUAUGACUACAAUUGCUACAGUCGCUACAAUGGCUACAAUGGCUACAAUGGCUACAAUGAUUACUGGUAUGGAAGGGAAACAAUAAGGCCUCCAUCUUUGGAGGAAAAACUCCUUCAGGAGAAAUGCUUGGAGGGCCAGGCAGUGCUGGUGAUGCUCCUGAGAAGCAUCAGUGCUGUGAUGAUCAUCUUGUCUGUUCUGGAGCUCUGUGUUGUGAUAAGCUCUGCUGUCCUGGGAAUCAAGGCUCUGAGGAACAAAGAAAAAGGACAAAACAAGAGCACUGACGACCCAGAGCUCUACAAACCUCUGCUGGAGGAAGUCACUGCACAGCCUGUGGCAUAAACAUCUUGGCUCUGUGCAUGGAAGUGUCAGAGAUUUACACACAUUGUUACUAAUAACUCACUGACAAUAUACGAAUUAUGACUGUGUGUUGAUGUAGUGAUUUAUAUCUUAUAUUUAGUUAGAUCCCAGCACCAUCAUGUAAAAAUUGAUUGAUAAAGAAAAAAAUAAUUGUUACAAGUCUCUUGUUCUCUUUCUUUUUUUUACAGAAGUGUUUAAACAGGGAAUGUCAGGUGGAGGUUGUUAUUGUUAAAUAAGGUUUGAAAUUUUAAGAAAGUUUUUACUUUUCCCAGCCUGUGUUGUAAAUGAUUUCUUGGCAUGUUCAAUAAAGCAUGAAAAAUUAA